AUGAACUCAGGUCGUCUUCAGGAAUACGAGGUCAUCGGGCGCCACCUGCCCACCGAGGCUAACCCUUCCCCCGCCCUCUACCGCAUGACCAUCUUCGCUCCCAACGAGACGGUCGCCAAGUCCCGAUACUGGUACUUCUUGCGUGGUCUCAAGAAGGUCAAGAAGGCCACCGGUGAGAUCGUCAGCAUCAAGGUGAUCCACGAGAAGCACCCCCUCAAGGUCAAGAACUUUGGCAUCUGGAUCCGAUACGACUCUCGUUCCGGCACGCACAACAUGUACAAGGAGUACCGUGAGCUGUCCCGAACAGAUGCCGUUGACUCUCUCUACUCCGACAUGGCUGCCCGCCACCGUGCCCGCUUCAGGUCGAUCCACAUCCUCCGCGUCGUCGAGCUCGAGAAGACCGAGGAUGUCAAGCGACCUUACAUCCGCCAGCUCACCCAGAAGGGCCUGAGCUUCCCCCUCCCUCACCGAAUCCCCAAGGAGAGCGCCAAGAAGGUGUUCAGCGCGAAGCGACCAUCCACUUUCGCUUAGAAUGUUUUCGGUUUCGAGGACGGUUGGGCAGGCUCUGCGGGUGUUACAACGGAUCAUGGAAAUAUCAACUGCAUUGCUCGAUAAAACGGGUGACGAAUGAACCAAAAAUUCUGAGCAUGCUGAUGCUGCUGGGUGAUGCACAAUUGAAUGGGUUUUUCUAGCAAACUACCGAUUGUGAACUUGUC